AUGGCGCAGCUGCGGAAAAUGGUCAGCGGUCCGAUCCCCCCCGCGCUCCGAUACUCGAAGCUCCCGCCAACACCGAUGACCGAGCUCGACUUCUACCGCGCCCUUGUCAAAGACCCCAAGCAGACGGCCGCUCGCCUGCCAACCUUGCUGUCCAACAAGGUGCGGAAGGGCGUCCCCCCACCGCUGCGAGGUGUGGUCUGGCAGAGCAUGGCGGGGGCCCUGGACGGUGCCCUGGAGGAGGUCUAUGAGCGAUUGACCGGCGAAUCGAGUCCGUAUGAGGGCGUUAUCAGCAAGGACCUCGGCCGGAGCUUUCCCGGCGUCGACAUGUUCAGAGACCCCGAAGGCGACGGCCAGCGGAUGCUGGGCCGGGUUCUCAAGUGCUUCAGCCUCUACGACACCAAGAUUGGGUAUUGCCAAGGGCUCGCAUUCCUCGUUGGACCGCUGCUGAUGCACAUGCCGGACAACCAAGCUUUUUGCGUUUUGGUUAGACUCAUGGAAAACUACGAUCUGCGCCAAUGUUUCGUUCCCGACCUAUCUGGGCUGCACAUCCGAAUCUACCAAUUUCGCGAACUGUUGCGACAGCAUUUGCCCACUUUGUCAGCCCACCUCGACGAUUUGCAGGUUGAACCCGCCUAUGUUUCACAAUGGUUCCUGUCGUUCUACGCCGUAACGUGCCCCCUGCCAAUGCUGUUUCGCAUCUACGAUGUGAUUUUCGCUGAGGGCGCAUCGGAGACCAUCAUGCGGGUGGCGCUGUCGCUUAUGCGCAAAAACCAGGUGCGCAUCCUGGGCUGCACCGAGCUGGAGGACGUAAUGCACCUGCUGUUGUCGCGGGGUGUUUGGGACUGCUACAACCACAACGCCGACGAGUUUGUCCAAGACUUUGUCGCGCUCGCCAACGUCGUUACCAAGGAGCGAAUGGUAGCGCUCGAACAGGGGUACAAGGAAGCUAAGAUUGCCCCAACCGCCAAUCACCGUGGGACAGAGGGGGCACAAGCCUCGGCGGAUGUCACCACCGCCGCCUCCCGUUUCCUGGGUCGCCUCUGGGCUUCCUCGUCCACCCCCAGGUUUGCAACCUUUUCGGCAACAGCCCAGGUUUCGGGAUCCGCGUCCGUCAGCAGUACUCUCAACCCCGGAGCCGCAUCACGUCCACUUAGUAUGCUUCGGCGCAGCACGUCGAAACAAAGCCUCUCGUCGAUGGAGGCUGCUUCAUCGACUGCGUCAUCCGCCGCCAGCGUCCUCAGCUCUGUUUCAACCGAAGCAACCAACAUCUCACGCGACAGCUCCGCCGACGAUACGCCCAGGGAAGCGACGGCGCUGCCGUCCAAGACAGCGCCCGUCGCCUUCUCAGGGAGCGUCAAUACAUCAAAGGAUGGCAGCAAGUACUUACACAGCCAGAUCGAGGAUCUACUCACAGCGCUCAGCGAGCUGCAACGGAACCACGCUUUACUGGCCAGCCAAUUGCAACGGGAGAAAGAAGAGCGCGAAGAUGACCGGCGAGCUGUCCGAUCGCUGCUGGACGGCUUGCGCAAGAAGGCGGAUGGAGGUGAUGUGGGGAGCGACACAAUAUCGACGGGCGCCAUUGAGCCGAGCGCCGAACAACUUUCCGACCUGUUGGACGUCGUCGAGGUGCGUUUCGACCAGGCGACUGCCAGCCCGCGGUCAUCGGCACCCGAGACGAAGUUACAAUUGCGAGACGAGCUGGCUCGGGCCAAGGAACAACUGUCACAAGAGCGGGCCAAGUCGAAACAGUACGACCGCAAGGUGCAAGAGAUGGAACAGGAAAUGGCCACCCUGAAGGACCAGUUGAGAGAUACCCACGCGCACGUUCGGAGCGUACACCACGAGAAACAACGGCUCGAGAGGCAGAUGCAGGGGAUGCGGACGAGGGCCUCGGACACGCCGGCAACCACAGAUAAGGGCGAGUGGUUCCCCAAGGCCGGCGGCACCGCCGCCGCGGUUGGACUGCGCGAGCUCAAGCUGGGCCGCAGCAGGUCGACACCGUCGCAAACGGCCUCGGUCUUUAGCAACAAGCGCGUAUCCACGAUGACGAUGAAGAAGAAGAGCAGUAGCGAGUCGCUGGCGGCCAUGGCCGCACAGUCCGCUUCCUCCUCAUCUGGACCGACACCCCUCACGACCCCGCUCAACGAGAACGAUGCCCUGCUGCUUGAGUUGGUGCAAGCCAAGACAGCCGAAGCAGUCGCGCGCCAGGAGCUGGAAGAGUCGAAGCAGAAGCUCGAACAGCUCCGGAAAGCGUUUGGGCUCGCGCCAGGGGAGUCGCCGCCAGCCCCGCACAGCCGCAGUGCGACGCCGUCGGCGGCUUCGACAGCCAUGGAUAUGUUUGGUCGUCUGACGGGUUCAAACACCACCCCCACUGUAUCAGAACCGCCGUCGAAGACGUCGACGCCGCCCCCGGGUAACAAUACGGCGGGUGGUGGCUUUUGGGGGUGGAGGAGGUGA